AUGAAUCAUUUAUCGACCUUUCGAUUCUUUUCUCAUGAACUACAACUCCCAUGCUCCUCUUGUGCCGGACCUGUGUCCACGUGGGCGGAGCUUGCGUGCAGAAAACAGCAACGGAACAAGGAAUCCUCUCGAACAGCCACCAUGUCUAGUUUAAGCGGCAAAGUCCAGACUGUCCUUGGACUCGUGGACCCUGAGAAACUCGGGCGUACGAUGACCCAUGAACACCUCACCAUGACGUUCGAGUGCUGCUACUUUGCUCCUGCGGCGGGGGACGAGGCGGUGGCUGUGAACCCCUUCCAGAUGCAGCACAUGCACUGGCUCCGGCAAAACCCCUACAGCUGCCGCGAGAACCUCCUGCUGCAACAGGAGACCGAUGCAGUGCGGGACGAGCUAAGAGUCUACAGCCAAGCAGGAGGGGGCGCUAUAGUGGAGAACACCACCACAGGACUAGACAGAGAUCUACCCACCCUGAAACGGCUUGCUCAGGACACAGGGGUCCAUAUCAUCGCAGGGGCGGGGUACUAUGUGGACUGCACUCAUUCAGAAGCCACCAAGAGCAUGACUGUGGAGCAGCUCACGGACGUCAUGGUGAGGGAAGUGAUGAACGGAGCCGAUGGGACGGAGAUCCGCUGUGGCGUGAUCGGGGAGAUCGGCACCGGCUGGCCCAUCACCGACAGCGAGACCCGGGUCCUGAGAGCCACGGCCCACGCUCAGACACGGCUCGGCUGUCCCGUCAUCAUCCACCCAGGACGAAACCCCGCCGCCCCCGCUGAGGUGGUCCGCAUCCUGCAAGAAGCCGGGGGCGACAUCAGCAAGACGGUCAUGUCACAUCUGGACAGGACAAUAUUUGACGAGGGGGAGCUGCUGGAGUUUGCCAAGCUGGGCAGUUACCUGGAGUACGACCUGUUUGGAACGGAGAUGCUGAACUAUCCCUACAACAUGGAGGUGGACAUGCCCAGUGACAGCCAGCGAGUGCAGACACUGGCAUUUCUGGUGAAGGAGGGCUAUGAAGACAAGAUCCUCGUGGCUCACGACAUCCACACCAAAAACCGGCUGACAAAGUUCGGAGGACACGGUUACUCCCACAUCCUUCAAAACAUUGUUCCAAAGAUGUUGAUCAGAGGCUUCACGCAGCACCAGGUGGACAAGAUCCUGAUCCACAACCCCAAGCACUGGCUCACCUUUAAAUGA